AUGUCUACAAUUUCCACCGGCGCUUCCAACACUAAUGAGCCACCGUCGUUUUUUUCCUCCUUACCAAACGACCUCGUUCUGAACGUCUUAGCCUGCGUGCCGAGACGUUAUUACCCAAUUCUCACUUGCGUCUCCAAGAAGUUCCGAUCUCUAGUGCGUUCCUCUGAGCUUCACGAGACUCGAUCUCGUCUCGGCAAAAACUCCUUCUACGUCUGCUUUAGAGAAUACGAUGAAGACGAUGGUCCUUCCUCAACCUAUCAUUGGUUCUCUCUCAUUGAGAAUCGUUUGGUAUCGGUCCCAUUCCCUUCUCAGCCUGAUCCAUACUCUGCUGCUCUCAUGGUUGGUCCUGAGAUCUACUUCGUUGGUGGUCACAUCAGUCAUGUUUCGAUUUCAAGCAGCAUGUGGAUCCUUGAUUCUCGCUCUGGAAAGCUGCGUGAGGGUCCAAACACGCUUGUGGCCCGACGUUUCACAGGCGCGGGACUUGUUGAUGAUAAGAUUUACUUGUUUGGAGGGCACGACAAAGAAGACGAAGAGAUUCAAGCGGAAGUGUUUGACACAAAGACGCAAACUUGGGAUGUUGCACCAAAUCCCAAAAUGAAAAGGGAAUGGUUAAGGAUGUCGGGGAUAAGCCCGUCACUAGACAGAAAGAUUUAUGCGAGGAAUGUUACUGGACAAGUCAUAGUUUAUGAUCCUAGGGAUGGUACGUGUGAGAAGAUUGAUGUACCAAAUAAUGAUGAUGGUCAUUGCAGUAAAGAUGUAGUUGUGAUUGAAAAUGUGCUCUACAUUUUCAAGUCUAGUUUCGGAUUAAUGUGGUAUGAUUCUAAGGAGAAGGUAUGGAGAGUGGUUAAUGGUUUGAAACUCGGCAAACGUUCUGCCUCCAAGGUUGCAAUGGCAGAAUACAAUGGAAAGUUGGCAUUUUUGUGGCAUGAUAGGAUGAAGAAGGAGAUCUGGUGUGUAAUGAUCACAUUGGAGAGAAGUGGAGUAGAGAUUACUGGGAAGGUUGAGUGGUUUGGUCGUGUACUUUCAGUCCCUGAUGACUAUAGGAUUAUGCAUUGUCUUAAUGAAGGUUGA